UGAUCAUCUCUCCCAGCCCCAUCCUCCCAACCCGAUGCUCGUCUUUCUGAGCCGUCAGCAACGUUCCCGUGCCCAAGUUCUCCAUCGUCUGCGGGGGCAGUUUCGGCGCCGGCAACUACGCCAUGUGCGGGCCAGCCUUCGGCCCCCGCUUCACGUUCCUGUGGCCGAACUCAAAGAUAUCCGUCAUGGGCGGAGAGCAGGCCGCAGGUGUCCUGGCCAUCAUCAAGGGUAACAGCCUCAAGAGGGCCGGCCAGCCCCUUCCGCCGCCAGAGGUGAUGGCGCAGCUGAAGCAGCCCAUCAUCGACGGCAUCGAGAAAAAGAACUCGGGAUGGCACUCGACCGCAGGGGCCUACGAUGAUGGGAUGAUCGACCCGCGCGACACCCGGAAAGUCCUGGCGCAGUGCAUUUCCAUCUCGAUGAACGCGCCGCUCCCAGAGAUGAACUACGGCGUCUUCCGGAUGUGACGCCUCGGCCAAUCACUUCGUGACCGUGGUGGGUUCGACAGCCAGGGGAUGCCCGCCAUCUUGACAUCCUCGUCGCUUUUCCUGUGUUUCCCCGCUGCGACGGAAUUAUUUCAAAUAUUUGAAGCUGUGUGUCCCGACAGCCGCGCACGAUUUUGCAGCUGCUCGCGUCUCGUUGUUGGCAGCUUCACGUGGGCCAUAUGCGCUGUUCGAGAGUCUGGCCAUCUUUACGCGGGCCUCCGUUUCGUCAUCAUAUCAUCAUCGCCACCCGAUGCUGCAUUUGCUCAAGUCUCUCUCGUCGUGGGCAGAUUGGCAUGGGCCGUCUGCCGUUUCAGAGUCCGGGCAGCCUUGCGCGGGCGUCCGUCUGGUUACUAUGCAGUUUACAUGCUGGUGGACGAACGGGCCGCCAGCGUCUACAGACAUCGGUGCCCGCUUUAUGUGACCGCCUCUGAUG